AUGACGGGUGAGAGAGCGAGCGAGGACGCGUCGUCGAGCUCGGACGACGCGCGUGAACGCUCGCGAGCGCUGGCGAGGGAUGGUGCGCGCGAGGGGGGCGCGGAGGCGUGGAUGACGCGAGCGGGGGUGAUGGUUUUGGUGCUCUGCGGGACGCCGGCGGUGGGGAAGACGGCGCUCGCUCGGGCGAUGGAAGCGACGCGACCGGAUGGGGUGGAUGUCGUCGCGCGCGUGAGUUUCGAUGACGUCGAGCGGGAGGGACGAGCGGACGGUGACGACGCGGCGUUCGAUCCAGCGGCGUGGCGACGGGCGAGAGCAAAGGCAAAGGCGAACGUCGCGAACGCGGUUCGAAACGGCGUGACGAGCGGGCAGCGCGUCGUCGUGAUCGUGGACGAUAACAUGUAUUAUAACGGCAUGCGGACGGAGAUGUUUCGACUCGCGCGGGAUCACGGAGCGGCGUGCGUAGUGAUGCACGUCAGGGCAAACGCGGAGACAGCACGCGCGCGAAACGCGCAGAGGGGUAGAAGUGAGGUCGUGGACGCGCGCGCGUUCGAUCGAAUGGUCGACGCGUUCGAGGCACCGAUAUUGACCGAACCAGGGUGUUCGACGAAUAUGCCCGCGUUCGAGGUGGACACGUCGGUGUCGUUUCCGGACGCGCGCGACUGUUGGGACGCGGCCGUCUCGCGCUGGGGCGCUGCGCCGCUGUUACCGGAAUCUGAGCACGAGCGAGAGCGCAUCAGAGAGCUCGCGCGCGCUGAAACCGCAAAAUCGGCAUUGCACGCGCUCGAUGGUCGCGCCCGCGCCGCGGUAUCUCGUGCGGUCGACUUCGCGAGACGAUCCGCCUCGGACGUCACCCUCGUCGCCGAAUCCUUCAACCGUCUCCGUCGCGACCUCCUUCGAGAUGCCCGCGCGAUUGACCGAUCGACCGACGAUGCGUUCGAGCAACUUGCGAUAUUAGAGCGUCGAUUCAUCGAUGCAUUAGUGAUGUAG